CAGUGUUUUGACGUUAGGCAGGGCUUUUGGAUUUUGUCGCGAUGUCGGUGCGUAAAGGCUUCUGUUGGGUGGUCCUAUGUUUGGGGGUCGUGGCGGCGCAAGGCUUCCCCUCUGCCCCCCAGAGCAACUCCGUCUGGAGCGGGACCCCCAUGGACGCCGUCGUCGAGGAUUUGAGGUUAGAGUGCGCUCGGGAGAAUGACGGGGUGUCGUGCAUCAAGUUCAAGGUCCUCGGGCUCCUCGACCAGGCCCUCAGGAAGGACUCAUUCAAAGUGGGUGAUGACAUUAAAAUUGUGAAGAACAGCGGAAGUGACAGCACAUCCGAGACUGAGUCCCGAGGCUUCAGCGACCAAAUCGAAAGCUACAUCCAGAAUCACGAUGUAGAGGUGCAAGUUCCUGGCUCGCUCUUCAAGGGAACGGUGCUCACCUUCUCACCGAGGAAUCUGGACAAGGACGAGUUGAACCUCAGCGUGAAACUCCCGUCGGAGGAAAACUCAGCCUUGGGAACCGACCGAGGUAUUAUUAAACGGCGGAAGAGCAAGCUGAAGAAAAUCCUGAUCCCAAUCCUUGUCUUCAUCCUUCUGAAGGCUCUCACCCUCAUCCCUCUGGCGAUCGGAGUCCUGGGUCUGAAGGCGUGGAACGCCCUUCAGCUGUCCUUCUUCUCCUUCGUCGUGUCCGUGGCGCUGGCCAUCUUCCAGUUGUGUAAGAAGAUCGCUGCCGACAACGCCAUCCCUCAGCUGACCGCCCACCCGUGGGCUGACCACUACGCUGCCGCCCGGAAUCUCUUCCUCACCCCAGAGGAACUCGAACAACCCCUGACCGCAGCUGAUGCUUCCUCCCCGGAUGCUCAGGAUCUAGCUUUCAACGCCUACAACGCUCUCUCGCGUAGGAGAUAACCUCCUAAACGGCGGGAUAGGAAGAUUUGUACCCACAUUGGGCCCUGUGACUGAUUUUACCAAAACUUUGUACAAAGACAUUUAAUUUAUUUCCUCUUGUUUCUUCGACUCACCGUAUCGACGCGACGCCACCGACGGCUCGACAAUUCCUGACCAAAGACCGGCGACAUUCUGUGUUAUUUACUUGUCCUGUAAUAUUAUUGUACAUUAAUUUAUUGCAAUAAAAUUUAAAAUUUGUAAAAUUCGUCA